AUGGAACUAGUUGGCGAUUUCCCCAUCAAAGAUAAAGUCGUGGCCGUGACCGGAGGUGGCUCCGGCAUAUGUGCGGCUUUCGUAAAACGCUGCGCGGAUCUAGGCGCCAAAGGCGUCGUUAAUGGCGACCUCCGCAUGACGCCCGAUGCGGAGAAAUUGUUGAAAGAUUCGCCCAAUGUCGUCUUUCAGAAGACCGAUGCCACGAAUUGGGCCGACUUGCAGAAUCUCAUCACCGUGGCGAAGGAGAAGUUUGGAUCGACUCCGGAUAUUUAUGUUGCUGGUGCGGGAAUUUUCGAGCCACCCAAAGUCUCGUCGUUCUGGCAUGAUCCGGAACAGGACAACCGCUACCGCACCGUCGAAAUCAACCUCAAUCACCCGCUGAAGUUCACUCGAAUGGCCAUGCGGGCGCUGGUAUCCGAAGACAGGAAAGGCGUGGUCCUGCCUAUUGCUUCCGUCGGCGGCAUCGCAGGAACAUAUCAUUGCCCGCUUUACAUCGCCACCAAGCACGGCAUCAUCGGCUUCGUCAAAUCAAUGAAACUUGCCGAGAAGUACGAAGGCGUCAAGAUCGUCACCGUUUGCCCUGGUGCGGUCGACUCGGGCUUGUGGGAUAAGGACAAGCGUGAACAGGUCAACUUCUCCGCCAUGGAAUCGUUGAAGCCCGACGAUAUUGCCAGGGUCAUGAUCGAUCUCGUGCAGGAGGGCAAGUACGUUGGCGGUACUUGUAUGGAGGUUAUGCCUCGGGAUGGUCCCAAGACGAGAGUCAUUCCUGAAUGGAACAUCGAUCCGCCCAAGGGUGGCUCGACCAGCUUGGUCGAUGGAACGAAUGAGAUUCCGCCUGCUUUCCGCGAGGCUAAGCGUGUCAUGGAUGCCGAGAGAGGGACGGCCAAGAAGUGA